ACGGAUGACAAACUAAGACGCCACCUAGCGGAGGCCAUCGCUCGCUGUUGCAGCUGGGGAAACAACCGAAUAUCUUUCGGCAAAGAGAGGGCAGUGGCUCCCCUUGUGCGGUACCUGAAGUCUAAGGACGAGAACGUGCACCGGUCAACAGCCAGGGCACUGUUUCAGCUGUCCAAGAACCCUGAGAAUUGUAUCACCAUGCACGAGGCUGGCGUUGUCAAGCCAUUGAUCAAGAUGGUGGGCUCGAAAGACGAAGAUCUCCAAGAAUCUUCGGCCGGUUGCAUCGGCAAUAUCCGCCGACUGGCCUUAGCCAAUGAAAAAGCCCGAUACUGCUAACCACCGGAAUGACUGCCCUUGAACAGAAUGUUACCACCACAAUUAGUAAAAAUUAAUAUUAAUUAACCAUCCACCACAUAUAAUACCAACGGCGGUUGAUGUGUGAGGAUUAAACAAGGAAUUUACAAUAUAAAGAAUAGAAAAAAUAUUCUACCAUUCUACUCCCACGUAAAAAUAUAGACAAUUUGUCAAUGUUUUUUUUCUCAAGGGCUGAAGUACUUUUAAGCCUAAAAAGAAUUUGAAGUGGGUUAAGUCAACAUAAGCCUCAGGUUUUCCUUAAUAUUUUAUAUCUCAGAAAUGCCUUUGUGAUACCAGUUUUAGCUCGUUUUAUGUUUUAGAUAAUUUUUACAACAUCACAUUUGCAGUAGUCUUAAUUAUAGUAACUUGAUACAGUUUCUCAUGCAAAAUGUGAAUACUAGACGUUAUUCAACUUGACUAGACCUAUCCCAAUACAUAAACAUACUGUACACAUAAUGAAAAAAACUAAGGAAGUUAUUUUAAAAUGUACACAUCUAAAUGAUUAAAAAAUGCUCCCAUUAAAGUAACACUAGUAAGCCCAAACUUGCUGAAAUUCUUGUCAAAAUUUUUACUACUUUUUUUUUUCACCUCUGAUGUUUAUACAAAAUAGUUACACAGCAACUCAUAUAAAUUUUUACUUUUUAUGUUUAUACAUAAAAAUCAAGCUUUUGAUAUUUUUAAAAUUUGAAUUUUCAUUUUUUAUUGUUUUUGGAAAUUAAUAUUAAAUACUGAUACAAGUACUAAAUAAAGCUUUAAACUAUGCGCACCCUAACUUAAUUAUAUUUUUUAAAGAAAAAUUAAAGAUGUGAAUGUACAAAGUG